UUUACUGCAUUUGCCUCUGUGCUGUACUUGCCCAACCCAGCAAAGUAUGGCCAUUAUCUGAGAUGAUGGAGGCUGGAGUCUAAUAAACAGCUGUGUGCCUGUUCCUAAGCAAGAGCACACUGUAUUUUGUUUUAUGUUUUUUUAGCAAUGUUGGGUUAAGCCAUAUUUAGGCUGCAAUCCUUGAUACAUUUAUCUGGAAGUAAACUCUGACACAGUAGGGAUUAUUUACAUAUUGAAUAUUUCACAAGUCAUUGUGUAUCCUUGUGAUUUGAACAGUCCUGUCUGUUGCCUGCUCCACGUUAUCUUAAAGUUCUCUUGACUAAUAUCUUUCAAAACUUUUUGCAGAAAUCAAUGCUUUUUAGGGAUUUUUUCCUCCCCUGCUGCGCUACUAUUUUAUUACUGCAUAUAUUUAGUUUCAAAACCCUGUUUAUUUUUUCCAUGCACAAAUCAUCUUGUUGCAUGCACAGUUGUCUUUUUACACCAAGUGCACAAAGGGUGUGUUACGUGUAUGUAAACCUCACUGUUUUUGACCAACAGUCUGUGAGUUGUCCAACUGCAAGCCAGAGUGCUCCAUCCACAAAUCAGUGACAUUCUGCAACUGCAAACAGGAUUCUGGCCUGUAUCUCUUUAAUAAUUGUUCCUUAGAUGUAAUUCUUCCCCUUGAUUUCAAUAGGAGGAAAUCUCCAAAUUAUGGAAUUUUUGCAUAAUUUUUUCACAGCUAUACAUGGCAAAGUGUCACUGUUUUGAUGAAUGCAGAAUCCAUGCCACUGUUAGGUUUGACUAAUAGAAUGAGAGGUAAUUAAUGUAUCAGAUUCUUAGCAUUAACAUGUGAAUGUAACUUAAAAUGUGAAUAUUUCAUAGACCUUUAAAACAGCACCUUUAGCACAUGCAAAUAUUGCCUGAUAUUCUGGUUUGGAUUAUUACAUUCAUCUACAACAGUAGUGACCAGACUUUUUUAAUUUUAUUUCCCAAGGUUAUUUAUUUCUGUUCUCUUCAACAUCUGUUUCCAAUCCUGUUGUGCAUAGUUAAACUGGAGCUUCUCAGCUUCUUGGGAUUUUCCCCAAUUAGGUAGCAGAAAAGAUGUUUGACACUAUCAAAUCCUGGGCUGAAUAUAUUGUGGAAUGGGCUGCAAAGGAUCCAUAUGGAUUUCUUACAACAGUGAUCCUAGCUCUUACACCCCUCUUCUUAGCCAGUGCAAUACUGUCAUGGAAACUGGCAAAAAUGAUUGAAGCCAGGGAGCGAGAGCAGAAGAAGAAGCAGAAGCGCCAGGAAAAUAUUGCAAGAGCUAAACGAACAAAGAAAGACUAAAAUGUCAAUUGUACUGGACAGAACUUUUCUAAAGAAUGCACUGUUCCUACCUUUAUAUCUUUUGUGUUAUAAUCUUUACAGGAUAUGCAUACCUUUGAUAAUUCCUGAAAUACUUUGUUUUUAAAAUUUCUGUUAUUAAUCUCUGUGAUCAUUACUUUUAAUAGUUUUUUUUUGAAACCACUACCUUGAGAUUUAUUUUCUAAUUUGGGAUGUAUUUGUAAGGAAGAUGCUAGCUACAAUAUGUAUACAAAGUGUCUUUGUAAGAAAUAAAUUAUGAUUCUGUUGAUUAAAGAUCUAAUUUUAUAGCCUG